AUGGCCUUGGAAGUAGGAGAUCAUGUUGGUUGUGCCAAGGAGAAAAAGAAUGUUAAUCAGUCAUAUUCGAAGGAAGAGGAAAUAGUGUUAAUGUGUUUAGAAGGGCCUACAAGGGCUCCGUUGGUAUCUCUUGAUGAUAACUUGGUGAGUUACGUCGGGCUGACAACGUUAAACAUAGCGCUUUUGGGAGGGAAAUCAGCCUUUUAUUCUUGUAAUAUGGAUGCUCAAGUUAAGGAGGAAGUCAUCAAAAUAUCAAAAUACAAGGAGGAGAGCCUACCAUUCACCUACCUGGGGGUAAAGAUUGACUCCAAGAAGCUAAGUAAGGAUGAUUGUUCUUUCCUCAUUGAUAAAAUAGCUGCUAGAAUUAAAUCAUGGGGCGUUAUUGAGGGAGUCAUUAGUGCCUGCAGGAAUUUCUUAUGGGGUGGUAAGGUCGCCAGCCACAAGACCCCCUUAGUUGCCUGGGACUUGAUAUGUAGAAAAAAAAGAGAAGGAGGACUGGGGCUGAAAGAGAGCCAUGCCUGGAAUUUAGCGUUGCUAGGUAAGUAUGUAUGGUCCAUUGCUAGUAAGGCUGAUAACUUGUGGGUAAAAUGGAUCAACCAUAUUUAUCUGAAAGACAAGGAUUGGAAGAGCUACUCCCCAACUUCGGCUGCCAGUUGGUAUUGGAAGCAAUUAUGCCAAGUUAAAGAUAGAUUCAGAAGUGGUUACAAUGGCAACAAAUGGGUGUUUCAGCAUAAAGGAUACACGACCUCUAGUGGCUAUAAAUGGCUAAGAGGGGAAGGACAAGAAGUUGAUUGGGCAGGAUGGGUUUGGAAUAAUCUCAACAUCCCUAAACAUAGCUUCUUAUGUUGGCUAGUGAUGUGGAGGAGAGUCCAGACAAAGGACAGGCUGAAAAAGAUGCAGAUUCAAACAGAUGAGCUUUGUCCUCUGAAAAUGUUGGAGGACCAAAUUGGGAUUAAUGUCUCAAUAGCGGACUUGACCCAGCUCAGUACUUGGCUGCAAAAACCAUGUAAUGGCAGGUUUCGAAGGAGAGUGAUCCAGUGCACCUAUGCUGCUCUAAUAUACAACAUUUGGAAGCAAAGGAAUGCUGCAGUCUGGCGGAAAUGCAUAGCAAGUCACCAAAGCACUGUUGAGAGAGUCACUAAAGAGAUUUACUGGCGAAUUGUUAGUGUAAUGCCUAAGAAAAAGGUGGCUUCAGGGUUAGAGAAUGAUGCUAUUAAAGUCACUAAGACCAAGGGUGGUUGA